AUGGAUAAUUCAACGAUUGUAUUUAUUGCUGUCCUAGGCGUCGCAUUCAUCUUUUUAAGAUGGUUGAUUGCUCCGAUCCCACCGCAAUUACCUAAUGAAUUAAAUGAGGCCCUUGCAAAUUCGGUUAAUAAUUCCAAUAGACCUAAUAAUAGUAAUAAUUCCAACUCUGCUACCAAUAGUAAUGCUAAUAGGAGAGGAAGAAGAGAACCUUCUGAUGACAUGAUUGAGGUGGUUCAAACUAUAGCUCCUCAAUUAACAAGGGGCCAAAUUAGAAUGGAUUUAGAAAGAUCUGGUUCCGUCGAGGUAACUAUGGAAAGAUACAUGGAGACAGGCAGUUUACCAUUCCCACCUGGAGAAUCUGCCGCUACCCAGAGCUACCAGUCAGAUAUAAGUGAACAUUCGCAAGCGACAAAGAAAGAACCUGAAAAUUUGAUUGACAAGUAUGACUUGAAGUCAAAAAUUAAGGGCGACGAAGGUGAAGGAAUAGAAAACAUUGAUGAGAAUAAAUGGGGUUCAAGCAAGGAGGAAAGAUCAUCAUUGUUAAACAAAAAGAGAGAAGAAAUGAUUUUACAAGCCAGAAAGAGAUUAGCUUCUCAAUUACAAAAUGAGGUCGCGUUAUAA